CAAUCUGGCAACCCAGACUCCACCGUGCACUUGUUAGCUAACAGACUUCAUUUCCGUUUUUGCACUUCCUGCAUCCUGACUGCUGCCAUGAAGUGAUUAUUAACAGCACAUGGAUUCAUCUGCUAUGAUGCAAGUGAGAACAGGGACGAGUUUUGAAAGCUGCUUUUAGACAUCUGGGUUAAUCCGGGAAGAUCCCGUCACAUUGACGUUCCCGUGCUGCUUUCUGUUCCUCUUCUCUUCCCAGCACUUAGCACGGGUUCUCGACUCAAGCGCCGCUGUGAUAGGUACGGCUCUACGGCCGAGCGUGACCUCCUCAUGUGUAUCAUCUUCUUCAAGUUCGAUCCCAGACCUGCGUCCAAAAACGCCUACAGGCUUAUUUUGGCGUCAAACAGAGAUGAGUUCUACAGCAGGCCGUCCAAAGCUGCCGACUGGUGGGGCAACAGUAAAGAAAUCCUCAGCGGUUUGGAUAUGGAGGAGGGGAAGGAAGGCGGAUCCUGGCUCGGCAUCAGUAAACGAGGCAAACUAACAGCGUUGACUAAUUACCUGGAACAACAUAACAGUCCGGACGCUGUGGGGCGAGGAUUUUUGGUGCCAAAUUACUUGACGGAAAACACGGACAGCUUCUCGUACCUGCGCAAGGUGUCGUCCGAGGGCCAGCUGUACAACGGCUUCAACCUCCUCACCGCCGAAUUCCGAGCCAACGAGGAUACGAUGUGUUACUAUGGAAACAGGGGCAGUCCAGAACCUGUGCGCCUCAAAGCGGCAGGAAUCUACGGUCUCAGUAACUCUCUGUUGGAUACUCCUUGGAGGAAGAUGCAACACGGUAAACAGCACUUCACCAGUGUGGUGGAUAAAACGCUGCCCCCUGAAGGCCUGGUUCAGGAACUGCUGCAAGUUCUCAAUGACGAGGAACUAAACACUCCUGACCCCAUCCAGGAGAGUCAAGGUGAAGGCUGCAGUAAGGACUGGCUUAAAGCUCUGUCUGCUGUCUGUGUGCGUUGCCCGGGUUACGGCACCAGGACGAACACCAUCAUCCUGAUCGACAGCGAGGGUAACGUCAGCUUCACCGAGCGCACCAUGCUGAACUGUGACGUCACCCAGUGGAGCACACAGACCUUCCAAUUCAAGCUGCAGGAAUGAGCGGAGCGCACCACACCACACCGACCUCCACUUGUGCCUUUCUUCACUUCUUCCCUUUUAUUCUCCCACUUUUCCUGCUCAAGCGGAAGGGAUGGAUUUAAUUGCAGUUUUCUUCCAGCAAGCAUCUCUGUGUAGUUUCAUAAGACUUUUGAUGUUGAGGUAUCAUCACACGGCUAAACUGGACCAUGAUGUCUGUCGUGUUGAGCGUUGCAGUAAAUGUCGUUUUGGCCGUUUUUAAAAAUAACUACUAUUUAUCAGUAGUGAUGGAAGGCGUGAGUAGUGAUUAGUGAAUAGGUUAAAGGCUAUCUCCCAAAGAAACCUGUUUGUUUUAUUUUUUUUAUUAGAAGAUAUAAGCAAGUUUUGUUUUAUUAGUGACCUGAUAUAAAAAUCAGUUCCUGUACAGCACAACUCAGGAACUACACAGCAUAUAUGGAACUUUGAUCACCACAAUAAACUUUAUUUCACCUUCCAUAA